CGGAGCCGGAGCGCAGCCUAUUAUUAGUCAUCGGAGCCGGAGCGCAGUCAGUCUAUUAUAGCUAUUACUGCUACAGUGGAGAGGUGCCGCCAAGCGCCUCAAUCUUUCUUACUCCACCGUAUCUACCCCAAUCAACGUUCAGUGAGCACGUCCUGUUGCAGCAAUUAUGGCCGCUCCAGUGCAAGUUGACUUUAUUGACAACGGAUUCGGUGUCCGCGUGGAUUCGGACCAACUGCUGGCCGCGCUCGCCGAUGUUCACGCCCAGGCCACGCCCCACGUUGAGCAGCUGAUCCAGACCUACCAGCCGCAGCAGCUGCCGGCCGACGACGGCCCGCCUGCGUUUGCACUGACCAAGCGGCACGGCCACCCGCAGCUGUGGCUCCACGUGGGCCCCCACCAGUACAUUACGUGAGUGGCGGCUGUGGUGUACGUGGGCCCGCCGCAUGUGUGUAGGAGUUCGCCAGGGGUGGGCGGGACGGCGCGCGCAUGGGAAGGGUAGAAAUAGCACGCUCUGCUUGCUUGUACGCUGCUACAGCAACCAGCAGCCAGUGGGUGGGUGGGGUAAACCAUGUGGGAAGGGUACCGCGACAUGCCGCACCGCCCCUACUGUAAAAUUGUAAGCAU